AUUCUUGGAUGCGAUUGGUUCUUGCCCUUGGUUCCUACUGGAUCUAAAUUGAUCUAAAUGCACAAACCAAUCAUAUUAAAGAAUUUUACAACAGUUGCAAAGCUGCUUUUUCUGCUGAACGCAGCCAAUGAAAAAGAGCAAGUAGUUUGCGAACCAAACAACUUCCGAAAUCACGUUGUAUGUUAUCAAACUUGACCAAACUCAACCAAACUGUACCAAACUAGUAUCAAACUGUUCCGACUACAUUGGUUAAUUAGGUUAGAUUAUUUUAUUUGCACAACGAAACAAGUGCUUUCGAUGAUGAAUAUUAUUUGCAAUCGUGUCACAUCCCGCAUCAGACCGCUUGUGUUUACAAGAGAUUUAUUAGUGAGUAGAUGCAGACAGAAAGAUGAUUUUCAAGAUAUGAUACAUCCAGAGGGUCGAGAACCUGGCAUUCCACGUUAUGUAGAACGCGAAGGAGAAGACGCAAGUCUCAAAAGAGCACGAUUGACAUAUCAGUCUCGUAAACGUGGAAUGUUAGAAAAUGGUCUGCUUCUCAGCACCUUCGCAAACAAAUAUUUAAAUACGUUUGAUGACAAACAAUUAAGAUUAUAUGAUCGACUUAUAAAUUUGCCAUCCAACGAUUGGGAUAUAUUCUAUUGGGCAACUGGCGUUAAACCAACUCCACGUGAAUUUGAUAACGAAGUGAUGGACUUGCUGAAAAAGCAUAUUCAGAAUGAAGAUCGACAAGCUAGAAUAACACAACCAGAUUUAUAAAUAAUAUAUUAUGUAGAACAGAGUACCUAAGAGAACUUAACGUAUAGUGAUAUUAUAGUCUGGAUUCUAAUGUAAACUUAUUUAAAUUAUGUAUAUUAAAUUAUGUUACAAUAAAAGACAGUAAGGAAUUU